AUGAGUCGGCAGUGUAGUUCCAGGUCUGUGUGCCGGAGUGGUGGAAGGGGCUUCAGCUCUGGCUCUGCAGGGCUGGUCAGCUUCCAACGUAGAUCCACUAGCAGCUCUGUGCGCCGCAGUGGAGGAGGUGGUGGGAGAUUUUCAGGAGGAUUUUGUGGGAGUGGAGGAGGUGGUGGUGGUUUUGGAAGCAGGAGUCUUGUUAAUCUCGGUGGCUGCAAGAGCAUCUCCUUUAGUGUGGCUAGAGGAGGUGGUCGUAGUGGUUUUGGUGGUGGUAGUUUUGGUGGUGGUAGUUUUGGUGGUGGUGGCUAUGGUGGAGGUAGUUUUGGUGGUGGUGGCUAUGGUGGAGGUAGUUUUGGAGGUAGUUUUGGUGGUGGUGGCUAUGGUGGAGGUAGUUUUGGGGGUGUUGGAUAUGGGGGCGGUUUUGGGCCUGUCUGCCCCCCUGGUGGCAUACAGGAAGUCACCAUCAACCAGAGCCUUCUGCAACCCCUCAAUGUGGAGAUUGACCCUGAGAUCCAAAAAGUAAAGUCUCAAGAAAGGGAGCAGAUCAAAACACUCAACAACCAGUUUGCCUCCUUCAUUGACAAGGUGCGAUUCCUGGAGCAGCAGAACCAGGUGCUGCAAACAAAAUGGGAGCUGCUGCAGCAGGUGGACACCUCCACAAGAACCCACAGUUUAGAGCCCUUCUUUGAGGCUUAUAUCAGUGACCUCAGAGGGAAAGUGGACCAUCUGAAGAGCGACCAAUCUCGGAUGGACUCAGAACUGAAGAACAUGCAAGAUAUGGUGGAGGAUUAUCGGAACAAGUAUGAGGAAGAGAUCAACAAGCGCACAAAUGCAGAGAAUGAAUUUGUGACUAUCAAGAAGGAUGUGGAUUCUGCUUAUAUGAACAAGGUGGAUCUUCAGGUCAAAGUUGACAACUCGAGGCAUGAAAUUGAAUUCUUAACAGCACUCUAUGAAGCAGAGUUAUCUCAGAUGCAGACUCACAUCAGCGAAACCAAUGUCAUCCUGUCCAUGGACAACAACCGCAGCCUGGACCUGGAUAGCAUCAUUGCUGAAGUCAAGGCCCAGUAUGAGGACAUUGCCCAGAGGAGCAAAGCUGAGGCUGAGGCCCUGUACCAGACCAAGUAUGAAGAGCUGCAGAUCACUGCUGGCAAACAUGGUGACAGUGUGAAAAACUCAAAGAUGGAGAUUGCUGAGCUGAAUCGAAUGAUCCAGAGACUUAGAUCUGAAAUUGAUAGUGUCAAGAAGCAGAUCUCCCAGGUGCAGCAGUCCAUUAGUGAUGCUGAGCAGCGUGGUGAGAACGCACUCAAAGAUGCCCAGAACAAGCUGAAUGAGCUUGAGGAUGCCCUGCAGCAGGCCAAGGAGGACCUGGCCAGGCUGCUGCGUGACUACCAGGAGCUCAUGAACACCAAGCUGGCCCUGGACAUGGAGAUCGCCACCUACAGGACCCUCCUAGAAGGAGAGGAAAGCAGGAUGUCUGGAGAGUGUUCCCCCAACGUGAGCGUGUCUGUGAGCACCAGCCACACUAGCAUCAGUGGAGGCAGUGUCCGAGGCGGCGGAGGGUACAGCUCUGGAGGCGGCAGUUAUAGCUCUGGAGGUGGUGGCGGCAGCGGUGGCUACAGCUCCGGAGGUGUCAGCUACGGUUCUGGAGGUGGAGGUGGUAGCUACAGCACCGGAGGCAGCAGUGGGGGACGCAGGGGUGGCUCUGGAGGGGGUGGUGGCAGCUCUGGCGGUCGGGGGAGCUCUGGAGGCAGCUUUGGCUCCUCUGGAGGCCGCGGAUCCAGCUCUGGGGGCCAGAAGACCUCUAGUGGCAGUUCUAGCAUAAAAUUUGUUUCCACCACUUAUUCCAGAUAAAUACGCUCUCUAUUCCAUUAGCUCUCCCUUUCCAUCACCACUAAAUAGGGUUGGCAAGAUCAAGGCUUUAGCCUUAUUAGAGAAAAGAGCUGUGGUUAGACACACCAGUUCAUCCAAUUACCCUUGCUCUUUCUUUUCUGCUCUGCUCUCAAAAGAAGUUUUCAGGCCAGUGGCAAUCUCAUUCUCUGGCUAUGGCCCUGCUUUGUGCUUUGCCUGAGAAACAGUUCAGCACUACCAUGACACAAGUGACAAUUCAAAGAGCCUCCUUCUUCCAGCCAGAGGAGGACCAUUAGACCCAGGGCUUCUCUGCCAUGCUUAGAGCAAUGCUCUGGCCAGCUCCUCAGUAUCUUGUCUCUUGCAGCAAGCUCUGUGCUGUUUUGGUUUUGUACAUAAGGUUUAUGCAAGUUGUUUGUCUCUCACGGAGAGGCAUUCAACUCCCCAUUUCCUUGUUUUGCUCCAAUAAACUGCAUUUGAAAGUAUCA